AUGUGGAGAAGGCAAAAGAGUGAGAGUCGUGUUAUUAGGCACGAUGGAGUCACAAGAGGAUUUGGUGAUCAUGACCUAAAGGCUCAGUAUUCUUCAGUACCCAUAAAACCUUUUCUUACCCCAGAACCAGAGGUCAAAGUAUUUGAUAUAGAAUCUGCAGAUGUCACGGAUGGAGAUGUCUUGGUUUUGGCAACGGAUGGCUUAUGGGACAUCACAACCAAUGAAAAAGCAGGAGAAAUAGUCGUUAGAUCUUUGUCAUUGUUUCCUGUUGAAGAACAGGACAAAUAUAAAUACAGGUACACUGGUGCAGCUCAAGAUUUGGUUAUGAGUGCGCGAGGGAAGCUCAAAGAACGUAAUUGGCGAACUAGCGAUGACAAGCAUGCCACUAUUGAUGACAUAUCAGUCUUUGUUAUUCCCCUAAAGCCUUACAAGGAUGAGUAUCUAGAAUGGAAAUUACACCAGCAAACUAAUUUAGCAUGUAUUAAAAGUUCCUCAGAAAAUCUUACCAAAGAACCUCAGUUAACAGAAGCUGAUGUGAGGGAGACUGAUGUGACCUCUCAUAGUGAUAGCAAUAGUUCUCUCAAGGAAGUGACUCUUAUACCUUCUAGUCAGACAGACGAAAUAAGCACUUGUCGUAAAGAUUCACCAGAUAUUGAGCCUCAUGAAGACUACUUCAAGGAUGAGGCUUAAAUUGUAAGUACAAAAAGAUGUGUCAAACGUGGAGUUUGCAAUGCAUUUGACAUCCAUUUUAGGCAUUUUCUGUUUGAUGCUGGAUAUUGCUUAGUGGACAGUAAUAUUUAGUAUACUUGAAUGUGUACAUGCACUGAGCAAGGCUGUUUUUUCAGUCCCAUGUAUCAAAGUUUCAUUGUUAAUGCACUUGAGGUGGUGCCAUUAUACCUAAUUGUGCAUUUUUGGCAGGAUACGCAAAACACAAUACAGUAGUUUUGUUUAUACUGUAGUAACAAUUGUUACAUAUUUGUUAAUAGGCUCCAUGGCAAAAAUCUGAAAUUGUUUUUUUGUCGACCUCAUUUACCAAAGCAUUGUUAAUAUAUUUAAUAUAUUUAUUCACAACCUCAAAGAAGGUAUCACAGUUCCACACAAGAUGGCUUAAGCUCUGUACAGAUUUAAAUUUCUUUCAAAACAAAUCCUAGCUAUAGAAGGUAAUGAUAGUUUUGAAUGGGAUUUUAAUCUAACUGACAUCAUUACUGCUGCUUCACUAUGCUAUGCAAUACUUAAUAUGUAUCUAAAUAAGAUCUUGAUUGCAGUAUAAACAUUCUAGUACUUGUAAUGUGAUUAACAUUUCUUUUAGUAAAUCUUCAUUGCUAUUCUUCUGUGUGUAACUGUGAUACCACACAAAGAAAGUGUGUGCUCAAAGUUUCCUAUAAGUUCAUAAUAGCCAAUAUUUUAUUGUAAAGCUUAUUCUGAUACUAUAUACCUGAAUUGCAGUUUCCUUUACAUUGUAUAUGAUAGGCCUCACUAUUUAUAGAAAAGAUUAUACAUUCCAGGUGUAUUUAGAAAUGGUACUAAUGAGCAUCAAACUCUUAGGUGGUUACUUGUCUUAAUUUUCCUAAAAUUAUCUUGAAAGUUGAGAGUUUUUAAUAUAUAUUUAUUUUCAGCAUGCUUUGUAUAGUACUGUAUUUUAAAGUGGGCUGUUUGUACAUACAUAGAAAAGGUUCCCUCAACUUGCAGUGUAUUGGAAAUAGCUGUGAGGUAGAUGGCCACUUCUGAGUUAUUUUACUUUUGUUUGCUUUUAUGUUACUGUAAAUGUUUAAGUCAUUGUUCAGUUUAAUUUGAUGGAGAAAGACUAAAGAUAUCGACAAUAGUAGUUUUAUAAAGGACUGCGUAUCAUUCCUUAUGUAAGGAAGUGUAAGUGAUAAUUAAUUAUAUUUAAAUCAAUGAGAAAGGAAGUGUUAGAUGUAAGUAAUGUAAGUUUUUUACGAAAAAAAUAUUAGUCCUGAAAUGUUUUUAGAGUUAACAGUCCAUUCUUUUCAGCAGUGCAUUUUCAUAUGGAGAGACUGACAAACUUGUACUUAAAAAAAAAUGUAAAAAAUC